CAGCCACAACACCUGAUUAUUGUGCGUUGAGGAGCAUUUUAAGGGGGAUUUGAUACACUACAGAGAUGACUACCAUCCAUGUUUUUAUCAUCUGCAGCUUGGCUGUGGUCUUUGCAGCUGGGAAGGUGAGCAUCGAGGCGGACAGGCCUUGGCUGAGGGUCCGACUCUUUCACACCGCCGUCCUGGAGUGCUGCUUCGGGACCGACCAGGACUCGGUCCGAACCGCCUGGAUCAAGGAAGACGCCGCCUCAGGCCCGAAUCCUGUGGUGGCGUCGGACAUGGUGACCGCGGGCCACAGAAUCUAUCGCGGCGUCACCUGCGGCACCCUGAUGCUGACCAAGGCCCGGCUGAGCGACGGCGGGCUGUACCGCUGCCGGCUCAACGCCACUGAUGUCAUCACGCACGGCACCUACCUGCAGGUCUACGAGCCGCUGAAGAAGACAAUAAACCUCAGCGAAAAGACCAAAAACAACAUCCUGAUGGCAGAGGGACUUUUGCUUUUCCUUUGUGUCCUCGUGCCUUCAGUCGCUCUCCUCUUUAAGUCAAAGCAACUCAGUGCGCUGCAGAAGACAAAGGCCAGGAGGGAAGAGGAGAACAUCUAUCAGGGCCUCAAUCUGGAAGAGUGUUGCGCCAUAUACGAUCAGAUCGAUCACUCCAAGACAGCGGUGGGCCCCUACCAGGAUGUGCUCAACAAUGUGGAGGAGGAAAUCCAGCUGGAGAACCCGUGAAUGGAAAGGAAGAAACAAAACUCAAACAAAAGCGCAGUUAAGAAAAUGUGUUUAUUGCUGUGGUUAAAUUAAGUGUCUGCUUUUGUUAUCGUUUAAUUUGGACAACCAGGUAUGGUGAAAAUAAGGUCCUUUAAAAAAAAAAAAAAGUAUAUAUAUAUUAGGGCUGCAGCUA